AUGACCUUCAGGUCACAUCCAGCUCAUUUUCCUUGAAUGUGCCCGUCAUAAUCGAGUUUAUAUUUGUAUCACUUAUAAUUUUCUCCAAUUGUUUUUUUUGUUAUCGAAUGUAUGUGCAUCCUAUGUGUCUGUCAAACUUAAGCUAUCAAAGGCUGAACGUUAUAUGAAGUUAGAAUGGCAGUUAAAGUUGCACUUAAUUGCUUACGGGUUCUCUGCAUACAAAGUCAUGUUGUCCAUGGAUAUGUCGGCAAUAAAAUAGCUGUUUUUCCUUUGCAAGUCUUAGGUAUAGAAGUUGACUAUAUUAACUCUGUACAGUUUUCAAAUCACACAGGCUAUGCUUUUGUCAAGGGGCAGGUGUUGGAUGCUGCGAGCAUGAAAGAUUUAUAUCUUGGUUUGAAGGCGAAUGGCCUCAACAAGUAUACUCAUGUGCUCACAGGUUACCUGGGGUCACCAAGCUCUUUAGAAGCGGUCGCAGAUAUUGUAUCCGACCUCAAAAAAGAGAACUCAAAUAUAAAAUAUUACUGCGAUCCCGUCCUAGGUGAUAAUGGAAAGCUUUACGUUCCACCCGAACUCGUCCAGAUAUACCAAGAAAAAAUACUCCCUUUAUCAGAUGUCAUUUUGCCAAACCAAUUUGAAGCAGAAAUACUAAGUGGUAUACGAAUAACGGAUGAAAAGUCUGCUUUAAAUUGUAUCAACUACUUACAUAAAAAAUAUCAGAUUCCAACUGUAAUUAUUACAAGUACUAAUGUAACUUUAUCACCAGUAAUGUAUGGUUAUGGAAGCCGUUUAAAGAAUCCAAUGAAAAAUAAUCAUAAUAAUAGUAGUGAUUUGUUAAAUCAAACGAAUGGUUCAGUUACGAACAACACUUCAAAAUACGAUCGUGUACGUUUUAAAAUUCCACAUUUUGAUUACCAUUUUAUUGGAACUGGAGAUUUAUUCGCUGCUUUAACAUUAGCUCAUUUAGAGACAAAAAUUGAGAAUGAAAAUGGACAACAAAUACCUAAAUAUUCCUUCAAAGAUGCUUUCCAAUCGGUUCUUAGUACAAUCCAAACUGUUCUAUCAAAAACAUUAAAAAUAUCCGAAGGAGAAUCAUUGAACCUUUCUGAAUCUGCACGAAUCGAACUUAAAAUCAUCCAAAGUCUUGAUGAUAUUCGAAAUCCAAUAUUAGGGGAUUAUGUUGAAGAAAUGUAAUUAAAGAAAAAUAUAAAAAUAAAGAAGUUUCAUAUGUAUAAUACAUUUUUUGGUAUUAUACUAUUCCUCUGCCUAUGUAUGGGUGUGUGUAUGUAUGUAGAUUCCCAGUUGAUCUUUCUCAUCUGUAAUACUUUCACCUUUGUUUACUUUAAUUAUCUGAGAAAUGAAAUACAGAAUUAGAUUACAUUGUUGGAGAUUUUAAUUGUUUUCUUUCUGGCAUUAUGGUAUUACUAGGUCGUAUACCUUUUUAAGUGGGUACUAUUGUAGUGUGAGCUACUUAUAUUUACAUAAGUAGUAUAUAACGAUGGUCAGGCAUUAGAUAGUGGUUGGAGGUAGUCGACAGGAAACCCUGGACCCGGGGGUUUCGUGCUACCUGGCACUCGUCAUCAAAGUGUAUCUGUAAUCUUGAUGGAACUGGUGCUCCCUGACAGAUUCGAUGGUGGCCAAAUUGCAACAUGGUUGAUAGCAUUCGAUCUGCACUAAAUAAGGACUAGACACGCAUGACAUUGAUCGCCACCCAGUGAUCAAUCAAUUGUGAUGGUCGGGCAUUGAAUGUAUUUCAGUAGAAGAUCGAGAAAGAAAGAAUGAGAACGGAAGGCAAUUGGUAUGAAAAUGUAGGAACAAUGAAAUCUGAAACGAUGGAUUGAUAUUUGCUGAAGAAACAACCAAGUUUGAGUCAAUGGAUUGAUACUUUGCAAAUUAAGUAUUUAUGGUAUGGUUGUUAGAUUUUUAAUGAGAUAUUCUCUAAUGUUGUGCUCAACUACAUUCGAUUGCCCUUACUCGUAUUCUUGUUCACUAUUCUAUGACAUUAUACAGGUGGGAAAACUUCGUGUUUAUGGUGUGUGUUUUUUCUGUCUAUUUUCUUUUAUUAUGUUUAUAAACCACCUUAAUUCUUCAGUUGAUAUCAAUAAUCAAAUUAUACGUUAAGAAAUGUCUCUAUCACUCUGUUGUUAUUUAUAUUUAUUGUUGGUACUCGGUUACUUUUCGUGGAGAAAUAUAAGUCACCAACUAGCAAUCUCCAUCCAACUCUGUCCUGGACAAUGCUUUCCAGUUGCUAUUCAUUCUUUCGAUAUUUACUUCUAAUUCUUAGUGAAGUGUAUUAUUUGGUAUUCCUCUUUUCUGUUCACCUCCAAGAUUCCAAGUUAGCGAUUGCCUCGUGAUGCAGUUUGAUAAUUUCCUCAAUGUGUGUCUUAUUCACUUCCAAUGUCUUUCCUAAUUUCUUCUACAGCUGGAAGUUGGUUUGUUCUCU